ACGAAGGCCACUUCCAUGUCAGAGCAAGGUGAUGCCUGCGUGGCUCGGGAGAGCAUGAGCUCGGCUUUGGCCGAGGACAACGUGGCCGCGUUUCCCCUGUGCUCGGCGGGCUGCUUGGGAGGUUCUCUGUCCUCUGCCUUGGAGACAGCGGUGAGUCUCGGGCGUGUUUGGCAGCCGUGUCCCCCGGGCCAGGUCUGGCCAGGUGCGCCCUCCCCUCCCAAAGAUGUCCUGGGCUCGGAGAGCCCUUUCCGCGUUGCGGGGCUUCGUGGCACAUCCCUCCGAGCGCGGAGCAUGCGUCUCACUCCAUCCCCUCCUCUUCCAGAUCGUCUAUGCGGAGCGGCCGCUGACGGACAACCGCCGGUCGCUGGCGUCCUACGGCUUGAAAGACGGGGAUGUGGUGAUCUUGCAGCAAGUGGAGAACGCGGAGGUUUGCCCAGGAUAGACUUCAGCAGCAUCGCGGUGCCUGGGACGUCGGCCCAGCCGCCCCCGCCGCCCCCGCCGCAGCAGCCUGCUCCGGGGCCCCGGCCCUCUCCGCCCGAGCUCCCCACCGCCCCACAGGGCCUGGACAACCCGGGGCUGCUGCGGGACAUGCUCCUGGCCAACCCGCAUGAGCUUUCCCUGCUGAAGGAGCGCAACCCACCCCUGGCAGAGGCUCUGCUCAGCGGGGACCUCGAAAAGUUUACCCGGGUUCUGCUGGAGCAGCAGCAGGAUCGAGCCCGCAGGGAGCAGGAGAGGAUCCGCCUGUUCUCCGCCGACCCGUUUGACCUCGAGGCGCAGGCCAAGAUCGAGGAGGACAUCAGGCAGCAGAACAUCGAGGAGAACAUGACGAUCGCCAUGGAGGAGGCGCCGGAGAGCUUCGGCCAGGUGGUGAUGCUCUACAUCAACUGCAAAGUGAACGGGCACCCGGUCAAGGCCUUCGUGGAUUCAGGCGCACAGAUGACCAUCAUGAGCCAGGCUUGUGCGGAGAGGUGCAACAUCAUGCGGCUGGUGGACCGGCGCUGGGCGGGCAUCGCGAAAGGGGUGGGCACCCAGAAGAUCAUUGGGCGCGUGCACCUUGCCCAGGUCCAGAUCGAGGGCGACUUCCUGCCGUGCUCGUUCUCCAUCCUGGAGGAGCAGCCCAUGGACAUGCUGCUGGGGCUCGACAUGCUGAAGCGCCACCAGUGCUCCAUCGACCUCAAGAAGAACGUCCUGGUGAUCGGCACCACGGGCUCGCAGACGACCUUCCUGCCCGAGGGGGAGCUCCCCGAGUGCGCGCGGCUGGCCUACGGGGCCGGGCGGGAAGACGUGCGGCCGGAGGAGAUCGCCGACCAGGAGCUGGCGGAAGCUCUGCAGAAGUCCGUCGAGGAAGCAGUUGCUGCCGGAUUUUUCCAAGAGCGCCACGUCAGCCGAGCGGAUGGGAGGGCGCGGCCGCGAGGGCGCCACAGGGGCUCCGGAUGUGCCGCCCACCGCAGGUCCCUGUGCAUCCUCCUCUAGGAGCCGCUUCCCCACCCCAGGAGUCGCUCGCCGCCGCGCUGGUUCGGACAUUAAAGCUGCUGCCUCGAGUGCCAAGCGUGGUCUUGAGUUGUGUUCACGCCUUGGGGCACCGGACCGGAGAGGGCGGGUGCAGCCGGAUGACGCCGGGGAGCCCCCGCUGCCGGGCUCUUAGCAGGGCCUUCCCGGGUCGUCCGUCCAGGCGCUGGGCCGGGCAGGCAGGAUCUCUGCCGCGGCAGCAACCGCAGCCCUUCCACCCCGCGCUCUUGAAGACCCUGGGCAUUGGCCGAGGGGCUGCUGACGGGCUGUGCGGGCACCGGGCCCGUCUGGGCGGCGCUCCGGCCCCUUACUGUGGCCCCCCGGCCCCCUCCCGCACGCCUUUCUCUCCUCCUCUUGGCCAGAGCCAGCGCAGCUCAGCUUAGCAAACCGCAGCCUCGUGGCUGGUGAGUCCCUCGCUUCCCCGUCCCUUGCCAGCCUCGUCCUAAAGAUCUGGGCCGGUCACGUUCAAGUCACGCCCAGAGGAGGAAGCGUGCACCGUGUGCCUUCUUUGGACAGCGGCCUGGAGCAUUCCUUUUGGGAAAAAGACGGCAUUCCAGACCAGGAAAGGAGCUAGCCAGCGUGGUAGCUGUUCCCGUCUAGCCCUGCUUAAUCUUGAUUCCUGUGGCCCAUCGCAGAGGCGUGCAGGCGUAGGGACCCUGGCAGUGAGAGAUUUGCAGAGGCGGGCUGUGCCUGCCUGCUCUGACACGUCCAGCCAGCGCCAUGUCCAGCUUCUUGUGUAGGAAGGAAGGAGGCAGAGGAGAGCCCGAGGCCCGCCAGGGUCUUCUUUCCGUCACACACUCUCUCAAAGAGCAGCGAGGUCUGGAUGGCAGGAGAGCAGAGAGGAAAGCGGGCAAGGAGAACUGGCCACGAGCGAGAGCUGCCUGGCACCCGCCUUGGGCUGGCGCAGAAGCUUGGCCAGGACCUUCGUGCAACACGGGCGCUCCAGCGUUUGCUGGGCGUGGGCAUGGACACGGCUUCCCCAACAUGCCACCUUUCUGUCCCCGCGGAGCGCCUCCACCUCCUGCUAGUACAGCCUCGGGCUUUGCUUUCCGCAUGGGCCUGGCUUGGUUCCAUGUGGGCCAACUGGAGGACAGAGGCAGAGCAGAGAGCAGGCCCAGGAAGGAGGCAGCAAGUCCAGCGAGGCCGAGCCUAGGGAGCAGAAGCAGCCACCCAGGGCCCCCGCCAGAGCAGACUCCGCCCGGAGAGCAGCGACUUCUCGGUCGACGAGAGGAGCCCGGCCCUGCAUGCCGUGAGGAGAGGCGCGUGGCCCGGAGGAGCGGGCCGGGUCGAGGCAGGGAUGCCCAGAGGCGGCAGGGCCAGCGCUGGCUGCAUGCAUGCGGUGUUGCUAACACGAGU